AUGUCAGCCGCUGCGCAGGCCUCGCUCAGGGCGGCGACCUGGCUCGCAGACCGUGUGCUGGAGAGCGCGGUGGUCUCAGAAGCGGGUUCCUGUGCGAUUGCCGUGCAGGUGUUCGGCGGCGUGCGUGUCGCGUUCGGGACCGUGCUGAUCGGAGGAGUGCUCGUGGGCGUGCAGUGGCGCGCAGGCGGGAGCUGGCAGGCGCGCGUCGUCGCGGGUUUCGCCACCGCCGCCGAGUUAACGACAGCGACGGGAACAGCACCUCCAGCGGGGGCGGAGGAGAGUGGCGAGAUCUUCUAUAUGAUCACGCCCGACGGCGACAUGCAUCCCCACGCGCUGCACACCGACGUGAUCCAGGGCGCGGCGAGAGCCCUCCCAGGGCAGAGGGGCCGCGCGUCAGUGGUUGGCACGGCCCCAGCCGCCAACGCGAGACGCCCAGCAGCGCCCAAGGAGGCGGGCUUGGACUCGGAUUCAGCCCCGAUUCCGCCUGGCUGGGAGAGCCUGCCUAGCCUGUCGGUGGACUUCGGUGCGAUCGGCGAGGGCCUCGGCUUCGUGAAGGUCGGCAACAGCAGCUUUCUCGUGCAGUACGGGGGCCCAGAGACGGCCCUCGACGCGCGGGCGCUGGCGAUCCACGAGAGCGCGGGGGACGGUCGUCGCCUGGGGUUCCGCGAGGGCGCGAAGCAGCUCACGGAGACCGCCUGGCCGCCAUGGCCCCUGCUGGGCCCGAGGACCGCUGGUUGGGUGCGUCGCUUCAUUCGAGACCAGGAUGCAGCGCCUCGUUCCCGCCGCGCUCGAUUCAAGGCAGAGGCGGGGCUGCCGCCUUCAGAUCCAGGGGUCGACUUUCACGAGUUCUGUCUGCGCCUGCUGCAGAUCGGCAUUCAGAUUGACCAGCUGAACGCGUCAGAGCUAGCGAUCUUCGAGCUGAUCUGCAGGAAGGCGCAGAUGAUUGAGUACAAGCACAGGGGCAGGUAUCUCCACCGCAUGGGGGCGGCGGGCGAUGAUCUGGCCGAGGACGAGCACAUCUACCUCGGCACGUCGGAGACCCGCGGCCCCAUGAUGAUCUCGCCCGCCCUCUCGAGCUACGCGGCAGAUGAGCUGCACAAGGAGGCGAGCAGCCGCGCCGACAAGCUGGCGAGCGAGAAUAAGUUUUUGAAAGAGAAGUUGGCGGCCAUCGACCCGAAAAAGGCAAAUCAGGAGCGGCUGCGGCCGCGGAUGAAGUCGGGGAACCAGCUGAGGAUGAUCCUCGACACGAGGGCCGUCAACCAGGAGUUCAUCGACCCCGACACGACCGCGCUGCCGUCGGCUGGCGUCUGGCGGGGCCUGAAGAUCCCAGCCAGCCACAACCUCUCGCUGAGUCCGGUGGACAUCGAGGCGGCUUUCUAUCGCAUCGGGGUGCCGCCUGGGCUGGACGAGAUGUUCGUGCUGCCCGCGGUGCCCGUGGACGCGUUGCUGGAGGCGCUGCCCGAGGUGGACAUCGGCUCUCGGGUGGAGGGCAAGGUCUCGCCCCUGCUCACUGUCCUUCCCAUGGGCUGGAGUUGGAGCUCGUACUUCUGCCAAGCGCCGGUGGUCUCGCAGGUCGUUGCGGCCGGCACCAGCGCGAGCCGCAUCAUUCAGGACAGGUGCGCGGUGCCCGACGUGAGCGAGACCGCGGGCGUCGCCGUGCACGUCGACGGCGUGGCCGCCAUCGGGUGCGACCCUGCGUCCGUGAGCGCGACGAUUGAGCAGGUCCACCAGCGUCUGGAGGCCAGCCAUCUGAAGUGCAAGGGGGUGCACUCGGACCCGUGGGAUCAGAAGUUCACGGGCUUGAACUUCGAUUUCGAGACGGGCCGCAUCUCCGUGAGCAGGGGCCGCGUCUGGAGGCUGCGCUUGGCGUUGCUGGAGGUCGCUGAGCGCGGCUACUGCAGCGGCGACGACAUGCUAUCGCUCCUCGGCCACUACACGUGGGCCGCCAUCUUGCGGCGCUGCUUACUGAGCGUCUUCCACAGUGCCUAUCGCUUCGCUCGGGCUGCAGGGCCGCGGCGCUGGCGUCUUUGGCCCGAGGUGGCCACUGAGUGCCGCGCGGCAGCAGCCCUCAUCGCCUUUGCCUACCUGGACACCAAGUUGGAGGUGGACCCCGUGGUGCUAGCUACGGACGCCUCCACUGGCUCAGGAGAUCUGGAGGCCACGGGGUUUGGACGCUAUGCCGUGACGGAGAAGACCUGGACUCAGCACGACGUGUGGGCCGCGGCCUCUUGUGUGGAGCGUUGGCGGUACAAGUGCCUUGUCGAGGACCCUGAGACGUCAGACACGGUUUUGCCCUUCGAGAGCGAGGGGUCAAUUCGGACGUCGAGUGCUGCCAAGCCUGCUCGGCGUGCGUCAACAUCGGUCGAGCACCAGGUGAAUUUCGAGGAGAUCGGCCCGAGCUUCUUGCUGCCGCUGGACUCCUGGAAGCUGAAGGUGUUCGGGCGCUGGCGGCGUCCCGAGGACAUCAUGCGUCUAGAGGGCCGCGCCUUCAUCACUGGCGUGGGACAUCGGCUUCGGCGGGCAGGUGACUGCCGCAAUGCUGGCCAACUCGGGGCCGACGAGGCGCGGGGCCGUGCUGCCUCGGCCCUCGCCCGCGCUUGCGGCGAGGCAGCCACCUGGCGGGACGCGGGCGGCACGCGCUUCCUCGGCGAGGCUGAGGAGCGCGAGCAGCCUGGGCGGGACUUCGCCGCCAAGAGUGCUGCCCAGCCGAGUGGUGACCAGGAGGACCCGUUGGGAGACGCCAACGGGGUCGAGCACCGCCUCAGCCUCAGCUCCGACAGCUCCUCCAGCAGCGACACGGAGUCGAGCGGGUCGGCCUGUGACUCGAGCCGAGAUCUUGAGAAGACAGCGGGCGAGUACCAGCUGGCCGCCAACUACAUGGACGUCCUGUUCUUCGACGGGAUGGAGGUCGGCGAGGGCUCGAGGCUGCUGGCGGCCCUGCAGUACCGGCGACCCAGCUUGGGGACGGCUCGCCACGGCAACUUUCCUGUGGCUCGGGCAGCCGUGGCGGGGUUCCGCCGCCGCGCCCGAGGAGGGACUCGAGACCCUCUGUGCUGGCCUUGGGCGCUGGCGGUGGUCGGGGUCAGCCUGCUGCUGGAGGACCUGGAGUUCGCGACGGCGCUGUGGCUGGCCUGGGACGGCAUGCUGCGCUUGCCGUCCGACCUGGUGAGCAUGACGCCCAAGACCUUGAUCGGGACUGGCAGGGCGGUCAAGCCCACGUGGGCCCUUCUCCUCUACUCCAGCGAGGAGGAGGCGAGGAGCAAGGUCAUGGGCGCCGACGAAGGCGUGAUCUUGCGCGAGGCCUGCUGGAGCGGCGGCGGCAGCGCGGCCCUGCGGCGCCCCCGAGGGGCUCGGGGCCCCAGCUGCCAGCCCCGGUCGUUCGACGGGGCUUGGUUCACCAAGCGGUUCGAGGAGCGGCUGGCCGCGCUGCCCGAGGCGCCCACGGCGGUCGCCUACCAGGUGCGCCACGGGGCCGCGAGUCACGCGGCGGCCGUGGACCAGCUCCCACUCAGCGGGAUCACCGAGCGGCUGCGGCACGGCAACCCGCACAGCAGCUUGCGCUACGCCAAGCACGUCCGCUACCUCUCCCUGCUGAACAGGGCGCCGCAGGCCGUGGUCGACUGGAGCGAGACGAUCCACGCGCGGUUGGGCAGCCUGCUCGGCGGGAGCGACGUCCUGCAGGCCCCCGCCUUUCUGCCGCAGAGUGCGCUCGGGGCCUUGCGCGCCAGCUGCGCCAAGGCCUCAAAUUCGGGUGCGAACAAAAGAGUCAAGUUUUCCCCGAAGUUGGAUUCUCGAAAGGUGAAGCGGGCCGAUACCUUUGUGAGUCCAGUGAGCACGGUGCACUGUGGGACUCGCUCGCUGACAUCAGGGUCAUGGACGAGCGCAUGGCCCAAGCACCUGACCACCAGCCAGACGACGAUGCCGAUGCUGAAGUAUUACGACACGCUGACCCUGAACUACUGGACGCUGAGCUUCAACAAUAACAUCCUCACGAAUACAGAGGGCCAGCACAGGCAGGAUUACGACACGCGGACCCUGAACGACUGGACGCUGAACGUCAAUUUCAACAUCUUCACGAACACAGAGGGCCAGUACGUGCGGGACUGGACGCUGAGCUACAUCUCCAUGAACACAGAGGGCCAGCACAUGAAGGAUUACGACACGCUGACCCCGAACUACUGGACGCUGGACCACUACCUACACACCCAGCUCGCGAAGGACUACUGGACGCUGAGCGUCAAUUCCAACUUUUCCACGGACAUAGAGGGCCAGCACAUGCAGGAGUACGACACGCUGACCCUGGACGACUGGACGAUGAACUUCAAUUUCAACGUCUUCACGAACACAGAGGGCCAGUACGUGCAGGAAUACACCACGCUGCACCUGAACCGCCACCAGUGGAACAACUGCACGCUGGUAGAUGCCAUCACGCAGGAGUACGAAAGCUACGAGCACAUUAUGGACCCCCUCAGGAAGAGCGGCCCCCCAGAGGACAAGAAAUGCCUGCAGGGGAUAGGGUCGCCAGCUCCGCCCCGCGCGCUGACGGCCCUAGAAGGACUGUACAAGUGCGACGCGGGCGGCUCCAUGAAGGGCGCCAUCGAGGACAUCGAGGCGGAGACGGAGAUCAGCAAGGAAGAUAUCCUCGACGCCAUCAACUUCGUGCGCCUGGAAAAGUGCUACGACCACGACAAGACGAAGCUGGUGAUCGGCGCGCUAGGCGCGCCCAUGUGGGAGGGCCAAAUCCUGAUCAGCCGCGCCCUCGAGGCCGAGGGCCAGGCGGUCCACCACCGAGACGUGGGCCCAGUGGGCUGGCUCGAGGCCCUGGUGGCGUGGUCGGCGACCUCGACCGCGCCGCCCGCCUGCCCUCCCUGCGCCUGCGAGUGCGCUUCCAGCUACCGUCUCUCAUACCCCGACGUCGCAGGGGCCAGCUUCGUGCAUCUGGUCAGAUCCUGGUGCAGUCACGUGGUCACCUUCUUGCUGGGAGUGCUGAUCGGUUCGUUCGCGCUGCCCGCUCUCUUGAGCUGCAAGUCAUUGCAGCGCGGCAAGCUCAGCAUGCCGCGAGCAGGUGAUGCGCACGCGAUUCGUUACCGCGUCGGCGGGCCGCAGGUGUUCCACGAGAGGAUCACGCUGUUCGACGCUCCCCCGUCGCAGGCGGUGAUCGUGACAGUCGACGGGGACGUGUACUUGGAGACGGCGGUGGUCAACGCCGACUGCGAGGAGGUGAGGCCGCUGCGCGGGCUCGGUGCUCCUGUGUACGGCGUGGCGGAGGCCAACGUAUCCCGCUUCCGAGGUGCGGCUUCGGCGGCGGAGCUGUCGGGCCACCUGCGCGACGGCGCGCUGCUGCUGGGCGCCGCACUGCCGCCUUCGCCGUUCACGCUGGCUGGGGGUGCCGGGGCGGGCGCUGCCUGGGUGCCCCAGGCGCUGGCCCUGGAUGACCCCGUCGGCGCAGCCGUGGUGGCCCCCGCGGUGGCGGCAGGGGCCGUCGACGGCGUCGGCGGCGCGGCGGCUGCUGGGGCACUGGCGGCGGCGGCCCCCCCCGUGGCGGCGGACUGCCGCGCGUUCCCCGCGGCGUUGGAUCUGCUAGGGCGUCGCCAGCUGGACUUCGCCACGGCCGCGAGGGACUCGACCACCACGUCGCGGGACGACUGGCCGAUCAAAGGGCCCAGGACUACUCAGUGGUGCCUUGACCACAUGCGUCGGAACGCAGGUGGCCCGCUCGCGUGGCACUCGAAGUGGAAGGCAGAGGCCCGGCUGCGGGACUCAGACGCCAUCUGCCAGCAGCACGAGUUGAACUGCAGGCCGCUGGAGACGGCCACCUGCUACGACCAGUUCAACACUGCGGAAUUGGCGGCGUUCGAGCUGGCGCGCCGCCAGACCCAGCUCAUCGAGGAGCGCCACUAUGAGGACACCGCGUCGGCGCAGGUGGCCGCCGAGGAGGAGAAAGACAAGAAGAAGGGCUUCGGGGCGAGCGAGAGUUUGCUUGCGUCGGAGGCCGAGCACUACACGGGCGUGGCGGCGAGCAAAGGGAACCUUUGCAUCUCGCCAGCGGUCACAGAGUUCACCGCGGAGCAGCUGAAGGCAGAGGCCGCCGCGGCCAAGGAGGGGCGCAAAGCCCGCGAGGACCUCGCGCCCUGGCCUGACACGUCUACAGCGCCUGCGGAGGUCGCAGAGCUGGCGGAUCAGGCGGGCGACCUUGUCCCGCGCAGCCGGCUUGACAACUUCGCCGCGGUGGGCUGCGACGCUGCUACAGUCACAGCCAAGAGGGAUCGGAUCAUUCGAACGCUGGAGAGGCGGGGCUUGCCCGUGCAUUCCAUCGACCAAGCUUCGCCGACGACGAUUUCUACUGGCCUGGAGGUGGAGGGCGGGAGAGGCACGGUACGUGUGAAGCCGUCCAGCCUCAUCCGCUUGCGCCAGGCGAUUCUGGCGGCGCUGCGGAGGGGGGCUGCCUCGCCUCGGUUGCUGGAAGCAUCGCUGGGGCACAUCAUCUGGGCCAUGAUUUGCAAAAGAGAGACCCUGUCCAUCCUGUCCUCCGCCUACGUCCUCAAGUCCCUCAAGGACUCCGACGUCAGGCCCUUGUGGAACUCCGUGAGGUUCGAGCGCUGGUGCGUCGCUAGUACUUUGCCUCUGUGGCCCUCGGACUUGGGUCUCCCAUGGGGCUCGCGGGCCUCGGCCCCUGAUGCGUCGCCCAUUGGGGUCGGCGUCUGCACAAGGGAGCCGGAGGGGCCCCCGGUGUCCAGGACGGGGAGGUCGACGGAGAGGUGGCGGCGCAGGUGUACGUCAGUCGUGGCCGCUGGGGCCAACGCUUUGGGCCUGGACGGGCCCCGCGCGGAGGAGGGCUUCUUGGGGGCCGCAGGCGUGAACGGGUGCAAGCCGAUCAACCCCGAGGUCUCCGUCAAGGGCUUCUUGGAGAUCCCCGGAGAGAUCACGAAGGCCUCCGAGCGGGCCACAGUCAUCUCGAGGAGGCACUGGGACCCCUGCAAGAACAUCUUGGAGCUCGAGGGCGAGGCGUUGCGCGACGCCGCGCGGCACGCCUCCCGCAACGUCGCAGCCCUCGCCCUCGCGAUCAACUUCUGUCGUUAUUUGCGCUGGCUGCCCUCGGAGCUGAACGCGCUGCAGCCUGCGGAGAGGCAGCGGUCCAUGACGAUCCAGGCCGCCCGUAGAAUGGCGCACCCUCGCCCUGCGCAGUUGGCGGGGGGCUCGAUCAACUUCCUGGAGAUGCCAGCAGUCACGGACGCGACGCGGGAGCGCUACCGAGGGCACGCCGCGAGGCCCCUGGAGUGGGUGACGCGGCACGGCCUGGACUUCAGCAGUUCCAGCCAGCUGGGCGCGGCGGCGGCGGCGUUCCUCACCGACCUGGCCCUGGACGGGUUCGACUCCGCGACGGGCAGGGUGUCGGCGGCGGCGCUCAGGCACUUUUUGCCCCACCUCUUGGGGGGCAAGCGCCCGCUGCCGCGGACGGCCCGCGCGCUGGACGGCUGGCGCAGGCUGGUGCCGCCGCAGAUGCGGCCCCCCCUGCCUCGGGCUGCAGCCACGGCGGUGGCGGGAUGGAUGAUAUCCCGCAACCUGCCCGGCAUGGUGGUGUUCGUGGCGCUGGUGUUCCACGCUUACCCGAGGCCGUCCGAGGCCCACCGCCCGCGGGCGGGAUCGCUGGUGGCGCCGAUCGCGGGGACAGGGUUCAGCUCGUGGGGGCUCAUUGUGAACGAUGCGAAGUCGGGCCGCCCUGGGAAGACUGGAGUGACCGACGAAUCGGCCCCGGUGGACGCCCCAGGGCUGUGGCCCGCGCUGCUCGCCUUCAGCGCCAACAGGGACGCGAACGGGCUGUUGGAGCUGGGCCUGCAGAAGGAGCUCCCCUAG